AUGGAUUCUCACGUCCCUGGUGAUUCUGCCUCGCGUAGCUACGCGAGGUUUUAUCAAUCAAACUUCGUCAGCAGCAAUGCUGAUGACUCUGUCUCGCGCGGUCGUGCGAGACAUGCAAAUCUCUUCGUCGCCAAAAGCGUUGGUGACAUGUCUUACCGGCUCGAUGGUGCUGGUACAUCUCAAAUUCAUGUCCCCGGCUCUGUAAGAUCUUUUGCCUUACGAGAUCGCGCGAAACAUGGCCAAACGAGCAUUGGUGACGUUGAUCAUCUUAGCAGGAAAACCCUCCUCAGCGACACUCGGCCUGAAGACAUAUCUGCAGGAUCAACGAGUCGUCGAUUGGUCCAAUCAAAAGAUAAAAUGUCGACAAAGGGUGAAUCCGUUGCAGGCCAGGAUUCCCAAUUUAUCGAAAGGGAGAAAAAAUAUCUGAGCAAAGUAAAUGAGCUUCAGCUUGAAUCAGAAUACGCUAGGAAUAGCUCGCGACACUAUCACGAUCUUCAGAGGAAGUUCCGCUCGGACCUGCGAGAUUGCAUGCUUGAGCGAGACGAACUUCGACUUGAGCUGGAGGAAGCUAAAGGCAAGGUCCAGUACCAACGAGAUGUUGAGCUAAAUGGAGCUAGACGCCGGAUACAGUAUCAACGUGAGGUUGAACAACACCUCCGUGCCGAACUCAAGAAUUAUGUUCGAUGCGACGAUAAUGUGGGAAUAAGAGUGCGACGCAUCAUAGACAUCUCUAAAACAACGCGUCUGGAUCUCGAGAGCAAGACAAGAGAGUGCGCUGAGCUUGAGCGAAAGUUGCUUGAGUCGGAGAACUCUAAACAGGAGUUGCAAAAUCGCAUAGGGAGAUUAGAAACCGACAAAACCAAAUUGAAGUACCUGGCGAACGAGUGGGAGACGUUCGCAGAGGAUGUGUGCACUUGGCUCGACUCUCACAAUACACCUUUGCUGGAGCCUCCAGAAAACGAGACCGCUAUCAAAAAAGGGCAAGUCGAGCAGACCAAGCCUCACGAUCAAUUUCCCGCCACGGUGAAAGUUGAGCAAGAGAAGCCCGGUACUUAUACGGUAGACGAUCAAGAUGAGAGUGAUCAUACUGAUCCUGAUUUCUUCGCUGACAGUGUAGAAAAGCUGAACGAGUACCAACUUGGGCAUGCCAAAGCCGCAAUGAAGCGAGCCUUGUCUAGUAAGUGGCAGGAACGAGUGACUGACGAUAAACAAGCGCGGGCACUAGCAUCCUCUUCCAAAGGUCUUCCUGACAUCAGUCGUCGCCAGCGUUCAGAACUUGCAGCUAAGAGAAACUUCGAUUCGACGCGAGGCAAAUGA